CAAAAUUCGUAUAAAUUUGUCGACAAAUUUGUACAGAUCAACAGUAAGCAGUUGAUUCGCAAACUAAAGCCACAACCAAACCUAAGCUACGAAAUGCGUGCCUUUGUUAUCCUGUGCUCCGUCGUCUCUGCGACCUACGCAGCCAGUCUCGGCUACAACUAUGAGAUCAACAACGGACCAGCGCUCGGUGGUGGAUUAAGCGGUGGCCCAAGCUACGGUGAUCAAGCUCUAGGCGGUCCCAGUUAUGGUGGUCAAGCUCUGGGUGGCCCCAGCUAUGGCGGUCAAGCCCUAGGUGGUCCAAGUUACGGCGGACAAGCUCUUGGUGGUCCCAGUCUCGGCGGUCAUGGUGCUUCGGGUCCAAGUUUCGGUGGUCAUGGUGCUUCAGGUCCAAGUUUCGGCAACGUUGGACACGCUGGUCCAAGCUACAAUGCACCCGCUGAGGUUAACAAGGAAUUCUUCACCUACACUGCACCCGAACAUGAGUUCAACGAUGCUGGUGAUGCCGGUGAUCACGCCAACUCAUUGAAGAAAAACUUGCGUGUUAUCUUCAUUAAGGGACCUGAGAACUCUGGACUCGAGAAUGCUGCUUUGCAAUUGGCUAAAUCAGCCGGCGAAGAACGCACUGCCAUCUAUGUGCUCAGCAAACAGGCUGACAUCGGUGAUUUGGCCAACAAAUUGCAAUCACUCAACCACCAAAACGCACACAAACCUGAAGUACACUUCGUCAAAUACCGUACCCCAGCCGACGCUGAGAAUGCCAAACAAGCUAUUCAAUCGCAAUACGAAGGUUUGGGCGGUCACACUAGCAGCCACAAUGGUGGUGUUGCACCAGUAUUGGAUUUCGCCUCGAAGGCACCGGCACCAGCACCAGUUGCUCAGCAAUAUGGUGGAUCACCAGUCGGUGGUGUGGAGAACACCUACCUGCCACCAAACAAAGUCUAAAUGCGUAAACGCUUUGUUCGAUGAGGGCGGCACGCCAUUUCUGCCACUAGUUAGGUUGUUGAAUAUUUUCUAAGCUUCAGUGUUCCUUACUGAUUACAUUUAUAUAACAGCAAAAAAU